UCCCGCGCCGCGUGCCCAACGCCACGCGCCCAGCCCGCUCCUGUGCUCAGCCACCGAGCUGGUUCCCGCAAGAGGGAGGACGCGCAGGGGCGGGACCCAUCUCCCCGCCCCGCAGCUGACCCCGGCCGCGCUGGGAUAAAACCCAGGCCCCGGCGCGAGAGAACCCGGGGUCGGGCUUCCACCCGGUCGCGGAGAGGCGGGGCCGGGUCCCUUUGGCUGCCCGCGCCCCCGCCCCUCGGACCCAGCUCCGGGAGCGGGGCUCCCCGCGCGCGGACACAAGACGGCCAGAGCGCCGAGGCAGUCCCUGCAGCUGAGCGAUGAACAGAGCCAGGGAAAACCUACCAGAGCCGGCGGAGACGUUUUCUGCACCCGGGGCUGCUGCCGCCGCCGCGGCUGCUUAAAACUCGCAAAGUUGAGAGCCAGCGAGAGGCUGCCGCCCGCCGGGAACGAGAGGGAAAGGAACUCGGAAGAUGCAAGAGUGACAGACGCAAAGACCCUUCAGAAGACACCACCAUCGGCGACCUAGCCCCAGAGUCCGUAGGCUUCUCAGCUCUGUUCACUGAUUGGAGGCUGAGCUGGUGGCAAAGGCGCCUGGAAGAGUCUUAGAGGAGACCAUAAUGUCUUUGCGUUUACACACACUGCCCACCCUGCCUGGAGUUGUCAGACCUGGCUGCAAGGAACUGCUGUGUUUGUUGGUGAUCACGGUGACUGUGAGCCCUGGCACCUCUGGGGUGUGCCCCACGGCUUGCAUCUGUGCCACUGAUAUCGUGAGCUGCACCAACAAAAACCUGUCCAAGGUGCCUGGGAACCUUUUCAGACUGAUUAAGAGACUGGAUCUGAGUUAUAACAGAAUCGGGCUUCUGGAUUCUGAGUGGAUUCCAGCAUCAUUUGGAAAGCUGAACACCCUAAUUAUUCGUCAUAACAACAUCACCAGCAUUUCCACAGGCAGUUUUUCCACAACUCCGAAUUUGAAGUGUCUUGACUUAUCAUCCAAUAAGCUGAAGACCGUGAAAAGUGCAGUUUUCCAAGAGUUGAAGGUUCUGGAAGUGCUCCUGCUUUAUAACAAUCAUAUUUCCUAUCUUGAUCCUUCAGCAUUUGGAGGGCUCUCCCAAUUGCAAAAGCUCUACUUAAGUGGGAACUUUCUCACGCAGUUUCCCAUGGAUUUGUAUGUCGGAAGGUUCAAACUGACAGAACUGAUAUUUCUAGAUGUUUCUUAUAACCGGAUCCCUGUCCUGCCAAUGCACCAUAUAAAUUUAGUGCCAGGAAAGCAGCUGAGAGGCAUCUACCUUCAUGGAAACCCAUUUGUCUGUGACUGUUCCCUUUACUCGUUGCUGAUCUUUUGGUAUCGUAGGCACUUUAGCUCAGUGAUGGAUUUUAAGAAUGACUAUACCUGUCGCCUGUGGUCUGACUCUAGGCACUCCCAUCAGGUGCUUCUGCUCCAGGAUAGCUUUAUGAAUUGCUCUGACAGUAUUAUCAAUGGCUCCUUCCGUGCACUUGGCUUUAUUCAUGAGGCUCAAGUUGGGGAAAGGUUGAUUGUUCACUGUGACAGCAAGACUGGUAAUGCAAAUACCGAUUUCAUGUGGGUCGGUCCAGAUAACAGACUGCUGGAGCCAGAGAAAGAGGUGGAAAACUUUCAUGUGUUUCACAAUGGAAGCCUGGUUAUAGAAAACCCUCGUUUUGAGGACGCUGGAGUGUAUUCCUGUAUUGCAAUGAACAGGCAACGCCUGUUAAAUGAAACUGUGGAUGUCACAAUAAACGUGAGCAAUUUCACUGUAAACAGAUCCCAUGCCCAGGAAGCAUUUAACACAGCUUUUACCACUCUUGCAGCCUGUGUGGCCAGUAUUGUUUUGGUACUUCUGUAUCUCUAUCUGACACCGUGUCCCUGCAGGUGUAAAGCCAAGAGACAAAAAAAUAUGCUAAACCAAAGCAAUGCCCAUUCAUCUAUUCUCAAUCCCGGCGCAGCUAGUGAUGUCCCCACUGACGAAUGGAAGGCCAGUGCUGGUAAAAGAGUAGUGUUUUUAGAACCCCUGAAGGAUACUGCAGCAGGGCAGAAUGGUAAAGUCAGGCUCUUUCCCAGUGAAACAGUUAUAGCUGAGGGCAUCUUAAAGUCCACAAGGGUGAAAUCCGACUCAGAUUCAGUCAAUUCAGUAUUUUCAGACACACCAUUUGUGGCGCCUUCUUAAUUUUGUGCCCCCCUUUGUGUGUGGUGUGCCAAAUAAACAACAAGACAGAAAUUGUUUUUGGUCUUUGAAAUAUAACCAAUGAUCUCUUUAAAUGGUUGGUAGGAAACAUGGUAAAGCACUUUGGUUCCUUGAAGUGCUGGCAAAAGAUGGGGUUGUUUUCCAAAGUUCAAGUUCUAGAGAACAACAUCUUAGUCGUUAGCACCACUGAUCAUUUCAAAGCUGGCCUGCAGGUGAUUUGACUGACAUUGUCCUUUUAUUCAGGAUUCUUGAAAGAAAAAAAUAAAUUUUGUGUAUUAGUGUUCUUUAAAAAGAGACUUUGCUAACUUAUUAGGACCAAUGUUGAGUUAUUUUCAAGAAAAGCGGUAGUGUCCUAUUUCAUUUUAGAAGAACCAAACAGCAGUUAUUUAUAAAGCACAAAGUAAAGUUAGAUUUGGGACUAAUUCAGUUAAAUUCAUCAUUUUAGACCACAGUAAACAGAACUUCACUGAUAAAAUUUACUGGGCAACGCCACGUUCCAUAUCCUGUUAGAUAAAUAGUGCAAUAAAGGUACAUUUGUUUAACUGUCUUCUUUCCAUUCUGUAAAUUUCCUAUCCUUAUACGAAAGAUCUUAUUGAAAGUUUAAAGCCAUCAUGAUUUGUUGCCAUAAAUACGUAGGUGUCGAUACCAAAAUGUCUGAGUAACUUCUUAAACUCUUGUUCUAGGAGACUAAUAUUUGUUCAUAUGCUUUUAUGUAUGUACAUCUUAAAUUAUAUGAACUAUUAAGUAGAUCCUACUGUAUUGUGCUUUGGGCAUUGGAAUUAAUGUAAGUAUAUGUAUUCUGUGACUUGAUGUUCUGUUUUAUUUGGCUAUUUAAAAACAUAAAUCUAAGAUGUUUUAUGUGA